AUGAUCGAAGGCUUCCUCGAAAGAUAUUCGAACAUAGACGAGCAUGAUUCGCAGCGGCUGCAGGAUGAGCUUCGCACACUGUACACGAAACAUGUCGCGAACGUACCCGAACGGCGCGGCUUCUUCAUCAGCAUCCUCAAGCACAUACGACCAGGCAUUACGGGUGAUACUAGGCUAGCGGAAUGGUGGGACACAAUCAUAAAGCCGACCAUCGAUGCUGUUGGGCACAGGCGCGACGAGAGUGACGAUGCUCGGGACUUUCUGCUCAGUAUCCUCGUCUUCGAUGCCGACGAGGAUAAGAAAGGCGAGAAAGCGCUCGUAUCUGCCCGGUUUACGAAGCGGCUGCUGGACGCCUAUCUUGCGCGGACGAAGAUACCUGCAACAGAAGGGGAGCUUCCGAGUCCCGAAGACGAGUACAUUGCCCACGAGCUCGAGUCAGUCCUCAUUGCCUUCGGACGGCGCAUGCCCAAGGAGCUACUUCACGCAUUAGACGAUCUCUUCGUUACCAAAGAGAACCGUGCGCAAGCACUCAGUCUCCUCAGUGCCUAUGUGCGCGUCCAACCAGCACGCCUCUACCUAGUCGCCGAAACGCCCCUCAUCGACCAUCUCGAACAAUGCUUGUUGAUCGAUACUUCUGCCACAGUAGUGGAGCUAGCGCUCACUGUCUUGAUAAUGUUUUUACCUCAUAUAACGAGCUCACUUGUAGCGCGGCUACCAAGGCUAUUUCUCGUAUACAGUCGGAUCUUGUGCUGGGACAAGCUGGAGAUCUCCGAUCCUAUAUCUCGAAGCGCCUCGAUAAGCAGUGAAGCGAAGAACGAGAGCUCACAAGAUGGGGCGCUUGCCAACGGGACAUCAGCGUGGGCGAAACUGGAGCAAUCCUUCGAUAACGCCGAAUCUACGACCCCUGGCCUCAUCCACUUUUUCACCUUCUUGUACGGGCUGUAUCCGUUGAACUUCAUGAGCUAUAUUCGGAAGCCACGGAAAUUCCUGAAGAGUGUGGACUUUCCUGGAGCGGCCGAUCUCGAGCUUGACCAAGACAUCAUAAGAAACCGGACUGAGCCGUUCCGCCAAGUCCAUCUUCUACAUCCCAACUUCUUCCAGACGACCGUCGAAGAUGAGCUUGCAGAGAACAGGUGGCUAAAGAGCGAUCCUGCAGAUGUGGUAACGGAGUGUAUGGGCCUGUGCAUAGCUGUGUCUGCAGCUCUCGAUGAUCCGGGCCCUCCGCCUUCUACGAAGCUCCCCGACAUCCCGGAAGCGCUGGUGCGCACCGAGGACAUACCGGGUGAUUCUUUGUUGACUGAUGAUGAGGCCACACUUGCCAAUGAGAUCACGUCGCCCACAGAUCCCCAGUCGAACAUCAGUUGGCGGAAUACACAGUCCACGGCUGUCGCUAGCCCAACCUCAACAUGGUACGAGACAAUGCCCAUACAGCGUAAAGGGUCCGUGCCCGUGCAUAGCCAUCCAGGCUCAAGGUCAUCGAAAACCGCUUCGCCGGCUAUUGGGCCUCGUGAUGUCGCUCAGGAUAGCCCUACCCUGCCGCCUCAAGGCAAACGCGUUGAGCCAGAGGUCAAACCACUCGUGAUGCAUAGGAAAGCGUCCGGCCCGCUUCGAAAAGCCAGCAGUGCCUCCGCUACUAGCACCUCUCGUCUGGAAUCAUUCGCGCAAGCGCUAUCUCAAGGCAACCUAUCGCCGCCUCCAACAAGUCCUAGCCUCCAGGAUCGAAAUUCUGCCUCUCUGCAGAGGGAGAUCAUGCUUCUUCGGAACGACCUGAACUUUGAGCGCUACCUGAAGCAACAACAUCUGUCGCACAUUGGGCAAUUGCAGAGAAAGCACAUCAGAGAGGCAACGGUUGAAGCUGAAACCCAAAACCUGCUCAACACCAAUCGGACGCUAAAGGCGAAGCUCGCAAAGGCCAGUGAGCUGUAUGUGCAGCUGAAGAAAGAGACGGCGAUGAGUAAGAACCAGUCGAAGAAGUGGGAGGGCGAGCUCACGACCAAAGUCCGGGCCUACAGGGAAGAGCAGAAGCAGUGGCACUCAGAAGAAGACAGCCUCCGCCUCGAGGUCCAGAAAGCCCAGAGAGACUGCGAGCACCUCCGACGGCUCGUCGUAGAAAGCGAAGCCCGGGAGCUGAACUCCCAGCAACGACUCCGCUCGCUCCAGCUCGACAUGGAAGAGCUCGAAGCCCUCCGACAAGACGUAGAGCAGCUCCAAGCCAAACUCCGCCAAUACGAACUCCGCGAACUUGUCUUCGAGCAAGCAAAAGAAGAUACCGAGCUCCUGCGCGCCGAGCUCACCACCACAACCAUGAAGCUCACAAGCCGCGAGGCCGAAAUGGAGCGCGCGCGCAAAGCUUACGACGGCCGCAUCGCAGAGCUCGAGGCCCAACUCCAAGCCCAUACACAGUCCUCUCACCCCAACCAACUGCCACCCUCAGUCCAGCAAAUGAUCGACUCCGCCCUGGCCGCCAGCCACGCGAAACUCCAGCAGCUGAAGAAAACGCACCAGCGGCUACUAGACAAAUACACCGAUCUCGAGCUGCGCCUCGCCGAGCUCGAAGCCGAGCACGAGGCUGACGCCGGCCCGCGCUUCCCCGGCAGCAACAGCAGCGGCGGCGGCAACUUCCACGACAUCGGCCAGCUGCGCGACGUCGGCUCCAUCUCAUCCUUCAGCCGCAAAAACAGCGUCAGCACCUCCAGCAUCGGCGGCUACAUCAGCCGCUUUCCGCGCCCAAACGCCCCAAUGUCCGACCCCUCCGGCGGCGAGGGCGAGGCCGAGGGUUCGAUCCACUCGUUCAGUCCGUAUACGAGCCCGUCGGUGGGGCCGAGUAGUAGCAGCUUUCCGACGUCAAGGCCGCAGGUGAGGCGACAUGAGAGUCUGCCGCAUCGGAGCAACACGGGGGAUUUGAGUCCGACGCAGCUGGGGGGCGCGGCGGCGUAUGGGGAGAGCCAGAGCCAGCAUAGUCCGAGUUUUAGCUCGGCGGGGGUUGCGGCGGAGCCGGUUGCGAGUGGGAGGAUGAGCACCAUGAGUGGGGAGAGCAAGCCGAAGCCUGCGGUUAGGGCUUAUGGGAGGGGUGGCGCCGCUAGGAAGACAAAGGAAAAGGACAAGGACAAGAAGGAGGAAUCUAAGCCUUCCAAGUCCGGUGGGUUCAGGGGGUUGAGAGGUAUCAUGUAG